AUGACCCAGUGUCUUCUCACAGGAAUCUUUGACUCACCUGAACCAGUCAAUCCACCAGUCCCAGUAGAGGAACAAUGCCCAGUACCUGUUCCAACAGAGCCACUCAGAUCUCCAGUCAACCCCAAUCCAGAAGAAGACUCUUCCAACAGACACCCAAACAACCCAGAAGACGGUGACUCGGAACCCAGUGAUCAAGAAGAUGAAGAAGACAUGUCCAACAACAAUAGCGGAGCGGUAAACAAACCCAACCAAUUCAAAGGAGACAAAGGAAAGAGCAAGGAGUUCCUGGACGAGUUAUACCUGUACUUUGCUGGAAAUUCCAAGAAGAUCCAGACCGAUAAAGAUAAGGUUCAAUGCACUCUUUCCUAUAUCAAAGGACCUGCCCAAUUCUUCAUUCAUAUGAUCAUCACUGAUGUGGAAGAACCCAUAUCUGAUUCCAAAGAUGCACCUCUCAAAGGAUUGCCCAGCUGGGCUAACUUCAGGAAGUCUUUUAUCCAGACCUUCAGAGUCGAGGACAACACUCAGGCAGCACUAAAUGAGAUCAGCAAAUGCACCUAG